AUGAAUAUGGAUUCCCCAUUUUCUCUCUAUGACAACGACGACGAAACUAAAAUGAUGGCUCCCAUGGCCUCUCCCCCUCUGGAUACGAUCUAUCUAAGCCAUCCGCCUUUCGACGUGGAAUAUCCCUAUCAUCCCUGGAACUUGGAUCGGAAGAAACGUUUGGAACAUCACGUUCUACCACUUGAAAGGUGUGCCAAAGGAGUGCCAUAUUAUGUCCCAAAGCUUGAGUCAGGCUAUGGGAACACUACGUACCAUCUUUCAGGAGCCUUUGGAAAGGAUGCGGGUUUUUCCGGCGUUGUUUCCACUGAUUUCGACUAUCCAUCGCCGUUUCGAGUUGCUGCCGCUGAUCUAUCUUCCAUCUCGGAGACUGACCGUUCCCCAAGUCCCUUUGUUCAUUAUGGAUUCUCCAAUAUACAUGCCAUUGACGCUGAGAGUGCAAAUCCAAGCUUUUCUAGAGUCUGGAGUAGUGACGCAACUGGUUACGAGUCUGUCAUCCCACGAGAUGUUCAACAUGUUCAUGAUGUUGCCUAUCCGGAGCCGGAGAGUCCUGUGCAUCAGAAGGUGUCACAAAUAUACCCUUGUGCGAGCCUUUACCAAAACCAAGGCGAGACACUCAGCGACCUUGAAAUCAACGACGAUGUCGACGCCGACGGCGAGCCCGACGCUGCGUGUGACCACGACGUAGAUCCUGAAUCUACUCAACGAAUUUCGAAGAUGCCUAAGACAAAGAAAAUCUCUCGCAAUCACCAGAAGUCCACGGGGAGCUUAAACUCUGGUAUUCGCAAGCGCGGCCCAUCGCGUAAGACCGGGCAAAACUCCAAGAACAAGCCAUCGAGCUCGAAAGAUACCUCUACCGAUGGUCGCACAUAUGCCUGUAGUUUCAGAAUGUACGGGUGCGAAAGCACCUUUAGCUCCAAGAACGAAUGGAAGCGCCACUUCUCGUCCCAGCACCUGAAACUUAAUUUUUAUCGAUGCGAUCUUCCAGGCUGCAAGUCCCCUACCAAGGGGCCAAACGACUUUAACCGCAAGGACCUAUUCACCCAACAUUUGCGUCGAAUGCACGCCCCGUGGUCUGGCAAGGCGACUCCUACUAGUGAAGAAAAAGAAAAAUUCGACCGUGGGCUUGAGGAUAUCCACAAACGAUGCCUGCAGGAGCAACGACGCCCUCCGUCUCUAAGCCGUUGCACCGUUUGCGACCAACAUUUCGUGCACUGGCACGACCGCAUGGAACACAUGAGCAAACAUUAUGAAGAGGACCCUCAGUUCAAAGAGCUGGAGGACCCCGGCCUUGUGGAAUGGGCUCUCCAAGAGGGCAUUCUAUACAGGAAGGGCGUUUCCAACGAGUUCGUCUUGGCUGACAAACGUGAUCGUGGGAAUAAGUCGAUUUCUUAG